CCCAGAUAACAGUGUUGCGCACUUGCUCAUGGAGCCCGCCGAGCUGGAGCACGCGCUGCGCAGGACCCCUUCCUGGAGCAGUCUUGAGGGACCUGAGCAUCAAGAGAUGAGCUUCCUAGAGCAAGGAGACAGCUCUUCAUGGCCGUCACCUGCCAUGACCACCAGCUCAGAAAGAAGUCAUGGGAAACAGGGGACCAAGGUCUCGAGAUGGACAAAGCAGGAGGAUGCAGAGGAAGGGGAGCCACCAGGCCCAGGGGAAGGUCCCCAGUCCAAGCCAGCUGCUGAGUCCACCGGGCUGGAGGCCACAUUCCCCAAGGCCACACCCUUGGCCCAAGCUGCUCCUUUUGCAGGGGUGGACAGCCCCUCUACAAAGCAGGACAACCUCCCCCUUGACUGUGCAGCCUCAGGCUCCUGCUCCAGCACAGAUGAUCUGGAUCUGGGCAUAGAGUUCUUAGCCACAGCAUCCUGGGGGGAUGAGCUGGGCGUGGUGGAAGAGAGGCCGGCCCCAUGCCCGUCCCCGCAGUUGCUGUUACCCAGGAUGGGUUGGGACGAUGAGCUGCGGAAGCCAGGGGCCCAGGUCUACAUGCACUUCAUGCAGGAGCACACCUGCUACGAUGCCAUGGCAACCAGCUCCAAACUGGUCAUCUUCGACACCAUGCUGGAGAUCAAGAAGGCCUUCUUUGCCCUGGUGGCCAAUGGCGUCCGGGCGGCACCUCUGUGGGACAGCAAGAAGCAGAGAUUUGUGGGGAUGCUGACCAUCACAGACUUCAUCUUGGUGCUGCACCGCUAUUACAGGUCCCCCUUGGUCCAGAUCUAUGAGAUUGAACAACAUAAGAUUGAGACCUGGCGAGAGAUCUACCUUCAAGGCUGCUUCAAGCCUCUAGUCUCCAUCUCUCCCAAUGACAGCCUAUUUGAUGCUGUCUACACCCUUAUCAAGAACCGGAUCCACCGCCUUCCCGUCCUGGACCCAGUCUCAGGCGCUGUGCUCCACAUCCUCACACACAAGCGGCUGCUCAAGUUCCUGCACAUCUUUGGCACCCUGCUGCCCCGGCCCUCCUUCCUCUCCCGCACCGUCCAAGAUCUGGGCAUCGGCACAUUCCGAGACUUGGCCGUGGUGCUAGAAACAGCGCCCAUCCUGACUGCACUGGACAUCUUUGUGGACCGGCGCGUGUCUGCACUGCCUGUGGUCAAUGAAACUGGACAGGUCGUGGGCCUCUACUCCCGCUUUGAUGUGAUUCACCUGGCAGCCCAACAAACAUACAACCACCUGGACAUGAGUGUGGGUGAAGCACUGAGGCAGAGGACACUGUGUCUGGAGGGAGUCAUUUCCUGCCAGCCCCACGAGAGCUUGGGGGAAGUCAUCGACCGGAUUGCCCGGGAGCAGGUGCACCGGCUGGUGCUGGUGGAUGAGACCCAGCACCUCCUGGGCGUGGUGUCCCUCUCCGACAUCCUUCAGGCUCUGGUGCUCAGCCCUGCUGGCAUCGAUCCCUCGGGGCCUGAGACCAUCGGAGUCCUCACUCUCAGGCCCCUUUCCACACCCGGAAGCCAGUGAAGGGAGCCUGAGGACUCGGCCUUCACCUCCCCAACCCCCAUUUGCUGGUUCGGCUCUUGUCCAGCUGAGGGUGGACAGGGGCUGGAGUGAAAUCAAGGGCAGUGAUGUGACUUCAGGGGCUCCCAGAAGAUUGGUCUGUCCUCUCACAAUUCAAUUCCUGCCUGCUUGGAAUUCCACUGGAAGGGAACAAGUUAAUAAACUGUGGUUGAAUGGAAUUUCCACACUUGGCUUCUCCAGCCCUCCCUGAUUGCCCUUGCCCUGCGUGUGCUCCCAGAAGCCCUCAGGAAUGCCCGAUACACUGUGGGAUGAUGCAAUGAAAGAGAACAGCUGAGUCAAGCCUGGAGAUCUCUGAACCAGAGGCACUAGGAUUACCCCAGGGCUGACAACUCCGUGUCCACCCUCCCCAUUCUCCCCCGACCUGGCCCCUGUGGGUGGGGAGCCCUCAGCCUAUGGGUUCAGGCAGGGGCUCUGGAUUCUUCGGCUCCUGGACCACCUGACACUUGUGGCCCCAGCUCCUGGGAGUCUCAGUUGUGCUUCCCGCAUGAAACCUGCCCGUGUGGUUCUUCACUACUUUGCCACUGCCCUCCUGCUCUCCCAGCACUGCAUUUCAGGGCUGCCUGGGGGUCCCCAUGGAGCAGCAGUUUUGGAGAGCUGCCUGUUGGAGUGGGACCCCCGCCCUCCACUCUCAACCUUAGCUCUUAUCAGCGAGCACUAUUCUCAGUCCUGUAUUUGGAUCACUGAGGGUGAACAAUCAAGAAAACAAAAAGAAAAAGAACAAUCCAUGAACUUAGGUUUUAUAUAAGUUUCACUCAGAAUAUGCUAUGAUCAUUUGAUCUGAACUUGUGGCAAGAUCCCUGUGUUCUCUGAAUCCAAAGACCCGAAGGAAAAUCUGUCAUUGACAAA